UGGUCAGCACCCCUCGCUUUUACCUUGCACAUCUUCAGGAUAAAAGCUUUCAGAAGAAAACAAGACGUUUUUCUGGAGCAAUGAAAAAGCAUUUUAGGACAAAGGAACAAAGGAUAUUUUUUAUAAAUCAUUUUUGAAGAAGAAAAUGUCCUUCGAAAUUCCUCCAAAGAUCCUCUGAUCCUCUGUUGACUAAAAAAUUACAGUCUGAUAAUUGUAAUCGUAUGAAAGGGUCUCUGCUUCAACCCUUUCCAUCAGCUUCAGGGAUCUUGAAGACUCGCAAUGAUUCUACGCAUGCGUCUCAUCACAUAACCUCAAAAUAACCUUAAAAUGAACGACGCCGUAACCAGCUUAUGAUCGUGCAGUUGAUUCGACUGAAUUACCAGACAAAUUGAUCCUGACAAGUCAGUCAACUUCACCAUCUGCUGUAUGACUGCAUUAAAAUAGAAAAAAAUGUCAAGUCUCUACGAUCAAGUGAAGCUACUGUAUGAUCAACAAUUGUACUCCAAUGUGAUAUCCCUCGCCAAUCUAGUAUUAUCCCUAAGUGAUCACAAUGGAGAUCUCAUAUCGCCAACAGCCAAAUUUCUCAUCUACGUUCACUGUGCCGACUCCCAUUUUCACAUGGGUGAAUACAGAAAAGCUGAGUCGUUGUACAAAAAGUCACUGCAGUUUAGAAAAUUCUUGUUGAAAUCCAAAGGGGCGACUAAACCUUCCCAGGAAAGCCACAAGGAUUUACUAUCGGAUAUUGAUAUCAAGUAUCAAAUUCACGUGUGCCUGAUUAAAUUGAAAAGCCAACUCGAGGCACUCCAAGUGUUGCAGAGUAUUCCGGCUAAACAACGGACUGCCAAGGUGAACAUGGCUCUAGCAAAAAUAUUUCAAGAACAAGGUAUGGAGCGGUCGGCAAUAACAACGUACAAAGAGGUGUUACGUGAGUGCCCCCUGGCCCUCGAAGCAGCCGAGGGUCUCCUUGCACUGGGAGUCAAGGGCAUCGAGGUGAAUUCUCUGAUUGUUGGAUCUUCCUCUAACCUUCCUGGCCUCGACUGGCUGAACACGUGGAUAAAGGCUCACGCCCAUAUUCACAAUCGAGAGUAUAAUCACGCUGUGACGACUCUUCGGUCCCUGGAUAAUGUUAAUUUUCUGAGGGACAAUUUCAGUUUGCUAGUGACGAUGGGGGAGUGCUAUUAUUACGCUGGGGACGAUAAGAAUGCACUGGCUUGUUUGAGGAGGGCCAAGACUAUUGAACCAGAUACCACCAAAGGGCUCGACCUCUAUGCCUCAGUUCUCCACAAAACAGGCCACACAAAGGAGUUAGAAAAAUUAGUCCCGACGGUAUCAAUCGCUGGCGAAUGUACCUCCGAGGUGUACGUCGCAAUGGCCUAUACACUAUACGCAGCACGAAAAUUAAAUCGAGCUAAUACCCUGACGUCGCAGGCCAUAAAUCUCAAUCCCUCAAACGUUGAAGCGAUUAUCCUGCGGGGAAAUAUUCUCAUUGAGCAGAAGAAGUAUCAGGACGCUUUGCACCAGUUCAGACAGGCAAUGCAGUUAAAACCGUAUCGUUAUGAGCCCCAUAAAGGGUGCGUUGACUGUUUUGUUGGGAUGCACCGGCUCAGGGAGGCUUUGAAUAUUGCCAGCAGUGGAUGUAAACAACUUGGACACACCCCGAGAGCUAUUUCGCUCUACGCAUCCGUCUUGAUGAAGGAUCCAGUCUCCGUUCCGAAAGCCAAGAACCUCCUGGAAAAGGCCCUGACCCAGGACGAGUCCUAUCUACCAGCUGUUUACUUCCUGGCUGAAAUUUACGAACAGGAGAUGAACCUCGAGCGUGCGAUUGAGCUGUUGGAGCGCCAGGUGGACAUCCAGCCGACGUGUAAACUCCAUCAGAUGCUGGGGGAUCUCUGGGCGAGGGUUCACAAUGAGGAAAAAGCUAUCGAUCAUUAUGCGAUCGCCCUGAAUCUCGAUCCAAGCAAUAGACGUGCCCUCGAGGGAAUGCACAGGCUCGACAAUACUGUAUCAAAAUUUGAAUCAUCGUACUACAUGACUGUUGGUGAAGAACAUCCGGACACUACGUUUGACGUUGGUGAUGGACUACCCGACUCUGACAAUGACGAAGCUAAUGAGGAGAGUGAAACCGAGGCUGUGUGGUCGGACAUGGACCUGGAGGCCAACAGUCAAUAGUGACGAUUUAAAAAAAUUGAAAAAUUAAUUUAAUUUAUUGCAGUUGCGAAGGGGUAAAAUGGUUCAACUCGAUUUUUUCUUUUCAUUGAUUUUUUGUAGUGUUAAUAGACUCGUGAACACUUUGCAGGUGUUGUAGAAGGGUUUCGAGGGAGGGAGGGAGUGAGUUCAGUGAAUUUUUGGGGGAAUAAAUCGAAGGGAUUAAGUCGCAGUUUUGGAUUUAAUAAAUUUCCAAAGAGAUUAUUUGGUUGAUGAAGUGGAGAGACAAUGAGAGGUUUCGUCUGGUCUUUCUAUUCGUUCUAUUGACGAGGACAGUCCGGGUUUUUAGCAAAAUCUGAUCAGGAUGACCGCACUCGAAGUGACAUUUUUUCGUAUGAUGAUGAUGAUUCCAUGAACGCAGAUUCCACUGAUGAAGAUUCUAAUUAAAUCGCUUAUCGUUGACGUCUGGAAUUGAAUUCUCUCGCGUUAGUCAAAUAAUUUGUUUAUUAUUAUUUUAUCACUGUCAGUCCCCUGGGUUUUAGUCCUUAGGGAGAAAUAUCAUAAUUCGUAAUGGAAGAAAUUUUAUAAAAAUACUCCACAAAUUAAUUUUUGAAUUACGAUUCGUUUCUUGUUGACAGGUGGUUUGGGAGGACAAUAAGUUCCUUUGAUCCUUUGAUUGUGUACACAUUUUCGAGUUGAGUCGAUUAAACUAAAUAAACAAUCGUCGUGCAGAAGGUGAACCUGAUUAUUGGGUAAAAUCAAUCAACAUGGAGUCUAAAUCGUUAUUAACUUGUGAAUAAAUUUAGAACAGGACCGUUGCUAUCACUUUAUCAUCAUCAUCAUCAUCAUCAUCAUCUGGCCUGGGAAAUUUGUCUUCUUCGACUUAACCAUUUUACCCCUUCGCGACUGAUUUCUUCAUCACAAACGAAGAAAUUCUGCUCGUCUCACAAGACUGAUGUAUUUAUAUUUGUUGAAUUACUGGAAUUUUGUUGAACCACUGCGAAACAAUUAUUGUGAGCUCCAAUCGGUAAUAUAUAUGCUAUUAGUUGAAUUAUAUCAUGAAAUAAAACGAAUAAAUUGAACGAUGAUUUGGAAUA